UCGCUUAUGGAGGAGGAAAUUGAGAACCUGAGAGAGGCAAACAUGGAGUCGGUUAGUUACUGUGAUGCCUCAUUCACAUGGGGCGUAAAUUGUGGAACGCCUUCGAGUAUCACCUCUUUUACUUUUGUUGAUGUUUCCUUGGAUGAUGACUCUCAAGAACAGUCACCUUUUAGCAGUCAUCAACUGAGUUGUGAUGGUGGUGUGCAGCUUCACCAGACGCCUGAGAAAGAACCAUGUCGUCUGAUAUUGAAAUCCCGCAACCCGAAGCAACAUCUCAUCAGUGGACUGACAGUUGUUAGUGAGUCCAGGACUCUAGAAAUUUCAAGUGACACAGAUGGAUACCUAGCUACAGUGAGAGGACAAAAAGUGGAUACAGGUCAUGAUGAAGAACAUGAGAGCAUAAGGAACAAAGGGAUAUUUGUGUGCCGCUGUUUUCUCAAAGAAGCCUACCCAAGCCUCACCGUGAAAUUUUUGUCCCUAGGCAGUCAGACCUCAUUCCACAUCCAAAAACUGAUCUUCAACAUCGCUCAAGGAGUCUUAGAGAAUCUGUCACCAGUACAGGGAACAGUUAACAUUAAGAAACUAAAGAGGGAUGUUGAUGAAAUGGGUGAUUGUGUCUCAGACCGAGCGAAAGACUUCUUGGCCACUAUGGAGCAGUUCGAGCAGAAUAAACUCAAGUCUGUCAGUGCCUUCCAAACAGCAGAUAAAUCUGGCAUGACUGGAAUGAUGUCAGCUCUACUAGGAUCGGGCUGUAUGGGUGAAAGCUCCGCUAUGCCAGAAAAACUGUUACAGUUGUUUGCAAAGCUUCCAGUGGUGAAUGGAAAGCAAGAUGCAGCUACAGAAAAUGGCCUGGGCAGUUUGUUUUCUCAAAUGUACCAAACGGACCACUCGAAGAAUGGCUCCACCAAAGAAAACAGUCAAAUGUACCAGAUGCUGCAGGCAGUCUGUGGCCGUGUAACAGAAAUGAGGAUCACUGAUGCAGAAAAACAUGAGGCUCAAACUGAUGAAAGUAACAUGUCUAGUUCCAACAUCCCUACACAUGACGAAGACAUGAAUGGUGCUGUGGAAAGUAUGCAAGCACUUGCAAGAGAGGAGAUGAGCAAGAGAAUUGAGGAGGUCAAGACCGAGUUUCACGGUGAGAUUCAGUCGGUGAAGCAGGAACUGCAGGAGAAAAUUGACGGUGUGAAAAACGAACUGGGAGAAAAGAUGGACAUGAUCCUCAAACUACUCAGUGAGACUCGAAAUGUGUCGGGAGGUGGGUCAUAGUAUCAUUUCACUCUUCAUUACCCAUAUCAAGUCUUUCAUGGCGAUUUAUUGUUUUAUUAAAAUUCAAGACUGUCGAAAGUUCUCAUAAACUAUUCUGUCCUAUGGAUCUUUUGAUAACAAUUCAGGGGAUAUCUUUGAUGGAUAAAUUAAUAGUUUCACAUUCUCCGAUAAUUAUGAUUGUUGAAAAUUCCAAGUUCCUGUCUUUAUGAUAAGGAUUAAGCAAAUUUGGAUAAAGAGGAAAGAUUUGAUGUGGUUAAUAUAGGAGCUCUCUUUUGGAUUUUGAAGAAUGAUCACUUCAGCGAAUACCGUGGGAGCUCCAACUUGGGUUUUGAAGGAUGAUCAUUUCUGCCAAAGACUUAUUAAAGUCGCAGAGACUAUGAAGACAGGAGAGUUGCUUGCUAAGACCUUUGGCACAUACAGAACAAUUUCCAGCCUAAAGCCUACAAGUUACAGAUUAAUUUGUGGUUGAAAAGGCACAUUUGGUACUUGGAAAAUGAGUUUAUGGUGAUACAUUUUUUCCUGUUGCACAGCAUUAAUUCUGUAAAAAUAUGAAUUUGAAGCCCCUUUUGAUAUCUGCAGUUUCAACAGUCAUUUUAUUUCUCAGGAGUACUGUUAAAUGCUAAAUUGUGCUAAGAAAUGUCUUCCUCAUACUGAUUUUUUUUACCAUCCAAGCAAAGUUCUACGCUUAGAUUGUUCAGCCCUUUCAUAAUGAACAGCACUAACCAACAUUUUUAGUUUGCUACAAAGUUUAAAUCAUAAUUGUCAAAAAGCCCCUAAUCACAAAAAUGCUGUAUGAAACAUGAGCCAUAGUCAAAACAUACAGUCCACUGUACUGUACAUUUUACCUGAGAUGAUAUCUAUGAAACACAGAAGAACUUUAACUUAUAUAUAUGUUCAUAAAGUCAUCUUGUCUGUAUCCUGUUUUUUAAAAAGAAUAGACAGGGGAGAACAAAAAAGGCUUCUCUGUUAAAUUGAGUCUGUUUAAACUGAAAUCUGCGGGACUGCUGGAUUUUCUUUGGUUUAAUUAAUAGAGUUUUCAGUUUAGAGAGGCUUUUCAAAUAGAA